AACAAAUCCUGCAUUGCGCACAUUUCGUGAUACGCCACCAUAGUCGCUGAAGCGAUAACAGAUUUCUACAUCUCCGCUCGGGUCUGCUGGUGAAGAUUACGGUUGUUUUUCUUAUGCUUAUUUGCCCGGAGCAGCUGCCAUAACACGUCCUUCAUGUGCAGCUGACACCGGUCAGGCUGAAGUUAAGCCACCCUCACGGCGGAUGAAGUGGUACAAGAAUUGACUCCUGUCCUCAACGCUCACCGGUUGACAAUGCUUACCUGAGGCUCGAUGUUCGCAUCUUCCUACUGGAUGCCUUGUUACUGGCAGGCAAUCACUUUGGGGGCCAUAGGGUAGCAUUCCAGCCUAGCAACUGCACUGCGUGAUAAAGGCGAUGCUCACCCACCAGGUCAACUCCAGAGUGAGUUCUGCCUUGCGCGCCUUCCAGUCGAUAUGACAAACUUCACAGAAUGUGAAGCGCGCUUCUCAGCCAACACCCCCGAUGGAGAGUCACUUCGCAGGCAAUGGGGAUGGAACGGUACCAUCAUUGGCAUUGUGUACAAUAACAUGACCCAGAUAUCCAGAGAAGGGUGUAUACAAGUGUGUGGCUCUGAAGCGGAUAUAUACGCAUGGAGAGAUAUUUCAGGAGUGAUAACCACCUGGGUACUGCCAACCAUCGGUAUACUCUUGCAAGCACCCUUUGAGAGCAACGCAGCUCGACGAACAUUGUUGGCCAUCACGCGAUGGGUGGGCUCGCCUAUCGAAUCGCUGUCCUACGUAUUGUGGAACAUCAAAGUGUCCGCCAAAGCUGCCUUAAUGGUCGACAUGGCUGUUGAGUACGACGAGACGCCCAAAUGUACGACCGACUUUGGCAGCAUGCGAGACUCGAUGUAUCUCUUGCUGGUCAUGAACCAGUACACCCUGAAGUCGACAGCCAUGCCAAAGGAUUUUCAGAAAGAGGCGGAGUGCUUGUUACGCAUCGCACUCUUCAGCAAAGACCUCAUAUUAACAGAUACCGACAAGACGCUUCAUGAAAUGAGACGUAUACUGGCGCAAGAUGUGCGUGAGACGAGAAGAAGAGGCACUGUACCGGCCUUCAUCUCCAUCCUGUGGUUCUUGUUCGCGUUCGCGCUUUCCAUACAAGAUGCUUUCAGUGAACUGGGAGCCAAUACUACUGCUCACGAUCUGGCGUUGGGCUGUCUGCUGGCCUGGUUUCCAGUCCUUAUCAUGGGCUCUAUCGUAGACCGCAACCCGAUUGCAGCAGAAGCGAUCCGCAAGAAACUGAACACAUUGGUCGACCACGUUCGCAAUUCUUUGCGUGACGAGCAAAAUCGUAAGGAGUACCUUGAACCCUUUCGAGGCCAGUCAAACUACCAUGAGUUGGAAGCCAAGAUCGAGAGUGUAGCAGAGAAAGCACAGUACAUGGACGGGUUUUUUGUGGAUUUUGCUGGUCAAGCGCGGGUCAGGUGGCAUUAUGGUGCUGCGCAUGCCAUUCUGUGCGAUAUAGAGGAUUGUUAUAUUCAAGAGAAGGGCCGUAACUGGCUGGCAAACGAACUCGAAGCACGAGUGAGUCUGGUGUUGGGGACCGUCAACGACGAGGGCUUAGUUUGGUUCGAUUUUCGAGAGUUUUGGCAGAUCAUCAGUGCCGUCACAAUCGUCGGCGGAAGUUGCGGAGGCGCAUUUAUAUUGAGCUACUUCACGCCCACCAUCGGUCUCGGUUGUCGCAGCGGAGGGUACACCAUUUUCUUCACCGUCUCAACAGGUCUGCUUAUCGUUGAAAUGGCCGUCUGGAUGUACUUUUCUCCGUAUGAAAUUACUCCGCGUUGGCUAACCCGCUUCAUGAGUUACCUACAUGACAGUCCCAAUUUCGAUGAUUGGGCGAGGUACGCAAAGACGAGAUGGAGAAGACUGGAACAAAGAUUGUCAGGAAUGUGUGAAGCCAUGGGAGACUUGUUGAUUCGUUGCAUAGUCUAUGUUGCUCUCAUAUUGCCGUGGAAAGACAGGGAAGCUGUUAGAGAGAAAGUCAAAGAUGUCCUAACGGAAAUGAGGACCAUCUGGAGCAACAUGCUUCCACAGAGAAAGUGGGACCUCAUCUUUUUCCGGCCCAUAGAGACCUUCAACACCAUAUGGCUAUUAUAUAUCGUCAUGGCGCAAGUUUCUGGGUUGUACAGAACUUGUGACUGCAUAACUAGUAAUUGGUCGUGGGGUGGUGGCUACCUUGAUUUCAGUCAACAAUUCAACUCGAACAGCUACUGGAUUGCCUGGUGCUGGGUCUCGGGUACCUCAUUAACCGCGUCAGUCAUGGGUCUAUCUAUGUUAUACAUUACGGUAGAGUGGUGCCAGCAAUCCUUUCUCUCGACCGAAAACUACCAAGACGCCAUGAAAGGCUUACGAAUGACCCGAAAAUAUCGAUCGUGGACACUAUUUGCUCGUCACAGAUCCCGCGUUACGUUGACCCGACUAAAGAAGCUCGCUGUUGCUAUCCGUCUGAUCAAAAAGCCACGUAAAACGCUUGUGUGGACCAAAUAUUCCAAGCUGGAUUCGGUCCUGUCUAGCGCAGCUUCUCCCUCUGGCAAUGACGAUGGCCACUCCAUACCUUCAGUUGAGUGGGCGGACUACGAUGCUAGAACGCAUAAUUCGGUGUUAGGUACGCUGGUCAUAACACACUCCUCGAUUCCGCUGAUAAAUCUACCACGUCAAACAAGCGACGAAAGCGACGCCACGGUCGAUCCACGCGUGCCCAGUCGUCUGCGCAUAAGUGAUGACUCUUCCACACCUCUUGUCCAGAGAGCAUCGCAGGAUCGUCAGCAACAUGAAAGCGAAGCCCAAAUGCGCAGCGAGGAGUAUAGCAACGACGACACUCCCUUCUUCGAGCAAGGACGAAUGCGCACUAGCUCACAGACGUGGCCAAAUGCGCAGGAUCCGGUACAGAACCGAAAAGGUUAUCAUCGCGCGAACUCAGACCCGGGGUUUUCGCAUGACCCUAAAGACAAUGAAAACGUUGCAUUGGAAAUCUGAACGGAAUCACCAUUCCAGAGAUACAUGUAGACGAGACCGUCUCUACAUAAAGCCUGGCCUCAAGCUGCGGAAUACACAUAGCGCGGCCGAAGAUUUGGCUUUACACAAAACGGGCAUGUCUCCGACCCGCCGACUAAUCACGUAUUAAUCUGCCCUUUAAAAAUUGGCGUAUACUUCUCGAUCACAUACUUCAUAUCCCCAUAAGAUCUGUAACCAUCAAGUCAGCAAUAAGUCCUUGUACCCAUCGGUUCGGCACCAACUUACUGUUCCCUAAAGCUGC